AUGAAGGAUGGUACUUUGGAAUACGAUUAUGCAGACACGACUGGAUCUCACGAGGAUGUAGCAUCACCUUCAACUGAAAUUACUGGAAGUAAAAACCUGGACAUGGAGCGAGCUUCAAGCACUGCGUCGACGCGAUCUAAUGCGAAGAGCGAUCGUGCAAGCAAUCGUGCUAGCAACCAUAGCAGUGAUCAUGACGGCAAUCAUAGAAGCAACAAUGACCGCAUUUACGUUGACAAAGGAAACGAAGACGAUGAGUGCUGUGAUGGCAAUGACAGCUACCAUGACGACAAUUAUGGUGAUGUGCCUCAAGAGGAAGCUACAUUGAUCAUCCCCGGAGAAACUUCACAGCCGAACAAUUAA